AUGGAGCAGCAAUUCAUACUAAGGCUGCAUGAAUCCAUCAGGCAUGUGGUCGACUUGAAAGAGUCGCUAAUAGACAUCCAGAGCAACGGAAAGGCCGUCUUGACGCACAAACUCAAGAAGUACCCGUGCAUUGUUGUAAGGCUGCCGUGCAUUGUUGAGUCACAGAAGAGCAUGGACAACAGGCAGUACUAUAAGGUGGCAGACAUCUCGGCGUUGGUGGUUGUGUAUCCGCAUGACGGAUUUGAUUUUGACAGAGAGCGCGAGAUACACGAGAUGUGUGGGCUGAGUCCUCCAUUGAAAUAUGCAAAGGCAAGGCGAUUCAGAAAGCGAAGCAGUAAGAUUGAGCAUGUUGAGGAGAUUGAGAGGAGGGUGAAUGAACUUCUGGAGAAGGACAUCCGAGCCAAGAGCGUUGAGAUCGUGUCGAAGGAUGACAAGGAGGUUUCUGACGAUCUGGACACACUUGCAGCAGAAAUUGAAAACAAAUUUGUUGACAGGAUUGAAGUGUUGGAGAAGGAUGUGCAUGAUGAAACGGAUGUGUAUGUAGAGUUUAAGGAGGCGGAGGAGAAGUUGAAACAGCCACGAAGCAAGGAGCUAGAACUUCUUGAAGGGAGCGUAGAGGAGAAGAGGAAGCAGGUUGAGAAUGCACUGAAUCCCAUUCUCAAGAAGAGAUUUGAGUCCCAGCUCUUCACACUUUUAGGCGAGUUGGAAGAUCUUAAGAAGCGGCUAGGCAUUGAAUGA